UCAGAUGGAGACUGCCCCCCCUCAGAGACGUGUUCAGCCCAGCUCAGUCUGCAGCCUGCCGAUCCCCGGCUCGUAGCUGGACCUGUUGUCUGGAAAUCGGGCUCCUGUCCACUGGAAACAAUGUCAGCCGGUUACGAUAUCUUUCUGUGAUGACAUCUAAGUGACGACUUGCGUGUAAUUUCAGUCAUUGCGCAACAGCGGAGCUAACGUUAUCUGAGCUAACGUUAGCUGCCGCUCAGCGUCCAGCAGCCGGUGCUUAGCAAGGAGGACAGAGAUGACAACCGGUUAGGCUGCUACCGACUUUACUUCAAAACAGGCUCGGUAGGCGCGGGGGGGUCCGGUUUGGCGUUUGCUUGCUCAAAAUCAGAUGUUGAGGCGGAUUUGUUGAGUCAAGCUAGCUCCCGGUUUAAGGUUUGGAGGAACAGAUGAAGCUGUGACUGUGACCGCUGACGUGUGGAAAUACUUCGGUUAUCUCAACACAACAGAUGCUGCAGAUAUAGAUAAGAGGAAGUACAAAGAUUUCUUCUCACAAAGGGCAGACUGUGUUUCCAGCUUCCUGAGUGUUAUCUGUGUGUUACCACACAGCACACUGAGCAGCCUCGUAAGCGACCCCCCCCCCCCCCCAUCUGAGCUGCCGCGGUCUCGUCCUGGGCUGUUCCAAACGCAGCCACGAUGAGCGCGAUGCGUGUGGAUGCCAAAGUGGUGAUGCUGGGGAAGGAGAGCGUAGGCAAGACCAGCCUGGUGGAGAGAUACGUCCACCAUCGCUUCUUGGUCGGCCCGUACCAGAACACUAUCGGCGCUGCUUUUGUUGCCAAACCAAUCCAGGUGGGGGAGAAAGUGAUUACCCUGGGAAUAUGGGACACAGCUGGAUCAGAGCGCUACGAAGCUAUGAGCCGGAUCUACUACAGAGGAGCGCGGGCCGCCAUCGUCUGCUACGAUCUGACGGACAGCAGCAGCUUCCAGCGAGCUCGUUUCUGGGUGAAGGAGCUGCAGAACUGUGAGGAGCACUGUAAGAUCUACCUGUGCGGCACCAAGUACGACCUGGUGGACGGGGAUCGCAGCGUGCGUCAGAUCGACUACCACGACGCUCAGGACUUCGCUGAAGAGAUCGGCGCGCAGCACUUUGAGACCUCCAGUAAAACAGGAAAUAACGUGGAUGAGCUGUUCCAGAAGGUUGCCGAGGACUACAACAGCUCUGCCUUCCAGUACAUGACAACAGAGGAAUCGAGCGUCGACCUGGGCCAGAAGAAAGACUCUUAUUUCUACUCCUGUUGCCAUAACAACUGAUGCUGAGCAGCAGAACGGGAAGCAGAUGUGUCGAGCUUCCCUCGGCAGGAGUAAAACCUGGAUGUGCUGGAUGGGUGUCAGUUGACUGGAACUGGAUCCUGCUGUUUAUACCUUAUCAGAUAUGUUGAUUUCUUUUGUGCCAUAAAGACCUGAAGGCUGCGGGGUCCCCUCUGUUACUGGGUGGAGGGGGAUCCGGUUCUCUUCGGUCCUCCUCUCAGCUGGUCCCUCUGCUCCGGGCUGGGCGGUGAGGUCAUCGUAUCCUUAAAGCUGCGGUAUCAAACGGUCUGAGGCGGUGCUGGUGCUGUGGUCCGAGGACCUGCGGAGGGACUGGCAGAGAACACCUGAGGGGCUGGAUCUGGACGCAGCAGCGUCAGUGAUUCAGGAAGCUGGAUGUUUGUUUACAGCACGUCAUUUUUGUUUACCUCCAACUCUAUUUAACCUGCAGCAGAAGCCUGUCCGUCAGUCCCGCACGUCUCCCUGAAGCCGACACGAAUGACGAAGACACGUAGGAUGACAUCUGUCCUGCAGAGCUCUCCACGGUGUGCGUGUGUGUGUGUGUGCGUGUGUGUGCGUGUGUGCGUGUGUUGUGCACAUGGAGCUGUUUUUAUUCCCGUGACACACUCUCAUGUCUAUUGGCUGAGGGAAGGCGUGGGCGGGGCCGGCAGGAGAAACACUAAUGAGCAUGUGCAGACUUCGCCCUCUGCUGCCCCGUCUGUGAGUCUGUUAAUGGAAACAGUCGGCUGGUUUUCAGGUGGCGUCACUGGAACGUCUCACCUCUGCUGACUUAAAGGAAAUUUAAGACAGGUUUCUACAUUUAGACUCUACAUUUUCUAUUUUGUAAUUUCGGACGUCUGGAAGUGGGCGGUCAGGUUUUCUGUGACGGGUCGAAGACACGCUGGACUCCACAGACCUGCAGAGUUCCUCUUCAUGGUACUGAGAAACUGCAGAUUUCAUCAACACAGGAAGAACGUGUGAAUGUUGAAAUAUGAACAAACCGUCGUCUUUACGUGUGUAUUUAACUUCAGACUCAGUCACUAAGUUAUUGCCUUUUAAGUUGAGACGUGAGGAAAGUUUCCCUCCAUGUUGCUGCUUUGACGUUUGGACACUAUUUUUAUUGGCUGCUGAGGUCAAACAGUGUAAAGUUCAAAUAUGUAAAUUAAAGAAUGUUUGAAAGCU